AAAGGAGAGGGGAAAGUGUGAGAUUGCGUGGGUGAUAUGUAGCGCCGACAGUGUGAGCAUACUGGCGGUUUAUUUGUCAUUUCUAAUCUAUAGAGGUGUUAUUUUGUGGAGGAUAACCCGAUAAAAACCUGGCGCCCCGUGGAAACCAGACGUCAGUGGUCUGCGGCUGUAGCGUUCAGUGAGUUUUGCUGCUAGCUUUUGUUCGAGCGACGUCCAAGUAGCCGCCGAGGAGCCACCGACACACCGAAUACCGGGGAUUAAACGAGUCAAACUGACAUUUUAACGUGAAUACCGGCAGUGAUAAAAACAGAAGGGAUUGCAGAGGAAGUGUAGAGUGACACCGGCAUCUUUCUCCAUCACUGCUCCCAACAUUUGCCGCUCCUGAACAUCGCCUUCCUCUUCUAGUCACCAUCAUGGUGGCUUUGUUCCUACCCUGGCAGUGCUGCUGAACCGCCGCCGCCCUGGACGACCACCAUGGAGCGGAAACGCAGAAAGAAAUUAAUCUAGCUGCUCAGGCCGUUUGCAGUAUGGACUCAUUUUUGGAGCUGUGGACCUGAAACGCUGUGCUGACCCUGAACCAGCUGGUUUCAAAAGGGACCUCGAGGGUCGAACUGAUGGCUCGCACUGAAACACAACUCAAGAUGCUCCUGUUUUCUGCGUGGGCGUCCAUGCUUAUGGUGCUGCUGUUAGGCUUCCUGCCAUUGGUGGGGACGGAGCCAGAGGGCGGAGCCAAAUCCAGCUCUAACACGGAGCCCCUCCCCUCGCCGUCUGGCUCCAACUGCUCCCACUUGACCCUCAAACUGGAGUUCUCCUCCAAGGUGGUGGAACACGAGUAUAUCGUAGCAUUUACAGGGUAUUUCUCGGCCAAAGCUCGCAGCCUGUACAUCAGCAGCGCCUUGCGGAGCGCCAGCGGCGGCGCCCUGGAAUGGCACAUCGUUCCCAGAGAAAACCCGGCCUCCGACUUCCCCAGCGACUUCGAGCUGGUCCACAUCCGCCAAGCUUCACCCAGCAGCCUGCUGACCUUAGAGGACCACCCCUACAUCAAGAGGGUGACGCCGCAGCGCAAAGUGUUCCGCUCACUCAAAUACAUUCCCUCACCCGAACCAGCUGCACCCUGCAACGCCACCCGCGGGACCCAGAAGUGGCAGUCGUGGCAGUCGUCCCGUCCUUUCAGAAGAACCAGCCUGUCGCUCGGCUCCGGUUUCUGGCACGCCACCGGUCGCCACUCCAGCCGGCGCCUGCUGAGAGCCAUCCCUCGCCACGUCGCCCAGAUCCUGCAGGCCGAUGUGCUCUGGCAGAUGGGACACACUGGUUCUGGUGUGAAGGUGGCAGUGUUUGAUACCGGCCUGAGUGAGAAACAUCCACAUUUUAAGAACGUCAAGGAAAGAACCAACUGGACUAAUGAGAAGACACUGGAUGAUGGUCUGGGUCAUGGUACGUUUGUAGCUGGAGUGAUCGCCAGCAUGAGGGAGUGUCAAGGCUUCGCCCCCGACUCAGAGCUGCACAUCUUCAGGGUUUUCACCAACAACCAGGUUUCCUACACCUCGUGGUUCCUGGAUGCUUUCAACUACGCCAUCCUGAAGAAGAUCGACGUUCUGAAUCUCAGCAUCGGGGGUCCCGACUUCAUGGAUCACCCCUUCGUUGAUAAGGUUUGGGAGCUGACUGCCAACAGAGUUAUCAUGGUUUCUGCUAUCGGCAACGAUGGACCUCUAUAUGGGACCCUGAACAACCCGGCAGACCAGAUGGACGUGAUUGGAGUCGGAGGCAUCGACUUUGAAGACAACAUCGCCAGGUUUUCUUCUAGAGGCAUGACCACCUGGGAGCUGCCUGGAGGUUACGGCCGAGUGAAGCCUGAUAUCGUCACCUACGGUUCUGGUGUUCGGGGUUCAGGGAUGAAGGAGGGAUGUCGAUCUCUGUCCGGCACCAGUGUGGCUUCUCCUGUGGUGGCCGGUGCCGUCACGCUACUGGCCAGUACUGUUCUGAACCGGGAGCUGGUGAAUCCGGCCUCCAUGAAGCAGGCUCUGAUCGCUUCGGCCCGCAGACUGCCCGGCGUCAACAUGUUCGAACAGGGCCACGGCAAACUGGACCUGAUCAGAGCCUACCAGAUCCUCAACAGCUACAGACCUCAGGCCAGUCUGUCUCCGAGCUACAUCGACCUGACAGAGUGUCCCUACAUGUGGCCUUACUGCUCUCAGCCCAUCUACUAUGGAGGAAUGCCCACCAUCGUCAACGUGACCAUCCUCAACGGCAUGGGCGUCACCGGCAGGAUCGUGGACAAGCCCAUCUGGCAGCCUUACCUCCCCCAGAACGGCGACCACAUCGACGUGGCCGUCUCCUAUUCGCCGGUGCUGUGGCCGUGGGCCGGCUACCUGGCCGUGUCCAUCUCGGUGGCCAAGAAAGCGGCGUCGUGGGAAGGAAUCGCUCAAGGUCAUGUGAUGGUCACGGUGGCGUCGCCUGCAGAGAACGAUUCGGAGGUUGGAGGCGAACUGACCUCCACAGUCAAACUCCCCAUCAAGGUGAAGAUCGUGCCGACGCCUCCUCGCAGUAAGAGGGUGCUGUGGGACCAGUACCACAACCUGCGAUACCCACCCGGAUACUUCCCCCGAGACAACCUCCGCAUGAAAAACGACCCACUAGACUGGAACGGGGACCACAUCCACACUAACUUCAGGGACAUGUACCAGCACCUGAGGAGCAUGGGCUACUUUGUGGAGGUGCUGGGAGCUCCCAUCACAUGCUUCGAUGCCAGCCAGUACGGAACUCUGCUGAUGGUCGACAGCGAGGAGGAGUAUUUCCCCGAAGAGAUCACAAAACUGAGGAGGGACGUCGACAACGGUCUGUCGCUCAUCGUCUUCAGCGACUGGUACAACACGUCCGUCAUGAGGAAGGUCAAGUUCUACGACGAAAACACCAGGCAGUGGUGGAUGCCGGACACAGGGGGCGCUAAUGUUCCAGCUCUGAACGACCUGAUCUCGGUGUGGGGGAUGGCUUUCAGCGACGGCCUGUACGAGGGAGACUUCACACUGGCUGAUCAUGACAUGUACUACGCCUCAGGCUGCAGCAUCGCCCGGUUCCCAGAAGAUGGAAUUGUUAUUGCUAAGAACCUGAAGGACCAAGGUCUGGAAGUGUUAAAGCAGGAAACCGCAGUGGUGGAGGGAGUUCCCAUCCUCGGACUGUACCAAACGCCGUCUGACGGGGGAGGUCGCAUCGCCCUGUACGGAGAUUCAAACUGUAUAGACGACAGCCACAGACAGAAAGACUGUUUCUGGCUGCUGGACGCUCUGCUUCAGUAUACCUCCUACAGUAUGACCCCUCCCAGCCUCAGCCACUCUCACAGCAGAGUAGCGCCACCUACAGGCGCCGAGCGUCCACUGCCACAGAGACUGGAAGGAAACCAUCUCUAUCGCUACUCUAAGGUCCUGGAGGCUCACCUGGGCGACCCUAAGCCCCGCCCCCUGCCUGCCUGCCCUCACCUGUCCUGGGCUAAGCCACAGCCAGUGAAUGAGACAGCUCCUAGUAACCUGUGGAAGCACCAGAAGCUUCUCUCCGUGGAUCUGGACAAGGUGGCUCUGCCCAACAUGAGGGCGUACCGACCCCAGGUCCGACCGCUGUCUCCUGGGGAGAGCGGGGCCUGGGACAUCCCUGGAGGGAUAAUGCCCGGUCGCUACAACCAGGAAGUGGGUCAGACCAUCCCGGUGUUCGCCUUCCUGGGAGCGAUGGUCGUCCUGUCCUUCUUCGUGGUCCAGCUCACCAAGGCCAAGAGCAAACCGAAGCGCAGGAAACCUCGAAUCAAGCGGCCGACGUACCUCCAGCAGCAGCAGCAGCAGACGACGACGACGACGGGGAAAAACCCCACGGUUUGACUCAAACUCUGAUUUCACCUCCGGAACUGUUAAACGGAUGACUUGUGUUGACGUCGGAGGUUUGAAAUCGCACAAACUGAAGCCUGCCUGGCGUCUACCUGGAGCAGUUUUUGUGCCUCUUGUCUGUUCUAAGGCUGUCGUGGGUGUCUGUGUGUGUUUGUGGACCAAUGAACAGUAUUAGAGAGUGUUACACAGAUGAUGUAAAACACACACCCAACACACCCGGCGGUCGCGGUGUCUACAUUUCUCCUCUCUGACCAAACUGUUUCUUUAUGAAUGAAAUGCGUCUGACUUUUAUAUUUAUUGAAUUUGUUCGAACCCGAAAACACGCAAACCUUCGAGCGGCACACAGAAAUCCAGAACAACACACAAACAGAAACGCACACACACACAUGUAAUAAUGUAUUUGCAGCAUCACAGGAGGAUCCAGUCGUCUGUUCCUAGUUUUGUAAGUUUCUGCCAGUAUCCGUUUUAAAAUCAGUAUUUUCAUUGUUUUUAUAUUUUCUAUAAUGAAUGAAUGACUUUCUGUUCAUAUCAUCCUUCAACAACGUAGCAGCGACGGACUUGUUCAGAUAUAUCUCAUCAAUUAAAAAGCAUAAUCCAACUGA